AUGCUAGCUCUUGUCAGCUUCGUGCACCUACUGCGGCUUUCUGCAGUGGCCGCACUUGCCCCCGCUGACCCUGCUGCUGCUGUUGCUGCUGCUUCUUUAUCUUCAAGCUCAGACACUCCCCAGCCACAACCACCCACGCCUAUCCACGCACCAGGAUACUGUGCAAUCUUCUCGUCCUGUGGAAAACAAUCUUUCUUUGGUCCGGAAUUGCCGUGCCCAACAAACAUUCCGGCUACUGACCCGGACGACGAAACUCGCGCGGCCCUCGUCGAUAUCUGUGGAACCGAAGGGUGGUCCGAAGGUCCCAUUUGUUGUGACCUUGGUCAAUUAAAAACCCUCCGUGAAAAUCUUAAAAAGGCUGAAAAUAUCAUCUCUUCAUGUCCGGCUUGCAAGGAAAAUUUCUUUCAACUUUUUUGUCGUUUCACAUGCUCUCCAAACCAAUCCCAGUUUGUCAAUGUCACAUCCACAGAACUCUCGCGUACAGGUCUGCCUGUUGUCGCAGAACUCGACCAAUAUGUCGACCCCGUUUUUGCCGCAGGCUUUUACGAUUCCUGCAAAGACGUCAAGUUUGGCGCUACCAAUGGUUACGCAAUGGACCUCAUUGGUGGUGGUGCGAAAAAUUAUACCCAAUUCCUUAAGUUUCUCGGUGAUAAAAAACCCUUGCUUGGUGGCUCUCCAUUUCAAAUGAAUUUUGUUUGGGAUGAAGAACACGAUCCAAGUGUCAUUAAACGUAGCACAGGUCCUAUCCGUAACUGUUCAGAUCCUGAUGAACGAUACCGUUGUGCUUGUAAUGACUGCCCCAACUCAUGUCCCAUCCUCCCAGAUCUUGACGAAGAACGCGUUUGUCGCGUCGGCAUACUUCCUUGCUUCUCAUUUGCCGUCAUUAUGAUCUACUCAGGCACUCUCUUUAUCAUUCUUGUUGCUUACAGUUCCUAUAAGGCUUAUAAGUUCAAUAAGCAGCGUACCACAGAAGCCAUGCGGCUGCUACACGAUGUCCCAGGAUUCAACGACGAUGACGAAGACGACGAUUACUUUGGCACCCGUCGCCGCAACAGACUUUCCUGGAUUAAACUCCCUGCCAUUCUUCGCUUCAAAAGUGCUGACUCUGUUUCUGGCGAAUACCCUGUCAACUCUUUUUUUCAGCACUGGUUUUCUCAGUGCGCGUUUGUCUUUGCCACGUUCCCAGUAAUUGUAAUUGGCAUUUCUACCAUCAUUGUUUUUGCACUUUCGCUUGGAUCUCUGCGUCUUCAGCUUGAACAAAAUCCUAUUAAUCUUUGGGUCAGCUCAAACUCUGUUGAAUACCAGGAAAAAGCCUAUUACGAUGAAAACUUUGGACCCUUUUACAGAUCAGAACAAGUUUACCUGGUCAAUGAGACGGGUCCUAUUCUCUCAUGGGAUACCCUUCAAUGGUGGUUUGACGUCAAUUCACGUAUUAAUACCCUUGUCUCUCCAGCUGGUACUACUCUCGGGGAUCUUUGCGUCAGUCCUUUUGGCGACGCUUGUGUGGUCCAAUCCAUGACUCAAUAUUUUGGCGGUGACAUUUCCCAACUAUCUAAUACUUCAUGGCCCCGACAAGUGGCUGCUUGUGCUACUACACCUGUCAACUGUCUGCCACCAUUUAAACAGCCAUUGAAAAAGAAUCUGCUGUUUGGCGGAUACGAAGAUAACGACGUGCUGACGUCGCACGCACUUGUUGCCACUUGGGUUUUGGAAAACUCGGGACAGGACACUGAGCGAACUCAGCGUGCCGCUGAAUGGGAAGCAGCUCUUGAAGAUUUGUUGUUUCAAGUCCAAGCCGAGGCGGAAUCGCGUGGCCUACGCGUCAGUUUCAACACGGAAAUUUCGCUUGAGCAAGAACUCAACAAAUCUUCUAACACAGACGCCCGUAUCAUUAUCAUUUCCUAUUUUUUCAUGUUUGUUUACGCAUCACUUGCCCUUGGCGGUGUUGUGCCUGGGUUUGGUCGUAACUCUUUGGUCAAGUCAAAGUUUUUGCUUGGUUUCUCUGGUAUUAUCAUCGUUCUCAUGUCAGUCGCAGCCUCAGUCGGGUUCUUUGCUCUCAUUGGCAUCAAAGCAACUCUCAUCAUUGCAGAGGCCAUUCCAUUUUUGGUUUUGGCUAUUGGUGUAGACAAUAUCUUUUUACUCUCGCACGAGCUGGAAAAUGUAAAUGCGUCGCAUCCAAACGAUACUGUGGAAGAACGAGUGUCCCGCGCAGUCGGAAACAUCGGUCCCAGUAUUCUCUUUUCAGCAUUUAGUGAAACCCUCACGUUUGCUCUUGCUGCCUCAGUUGCUAUGCCUGCAGUUCGCAAUUUUGCAAUCUACUCUGCGGGUGCUGUUUUUAUUAACUUUGUUCUUCAGCUUACCAUGUUUGUUUCCGUGUUGACUUUAGAUCAAAAGCGCAUUGAAGAUAACCGAUUUGACAUUUUCCCUUGCUUCACUGCUCCUGAUCCUCAGGAAGUUUUUUUGAGCCAAGAAUCGUCUUUUUCCACGUCUGUCCGUGCUUUAGCUUCUCCUGGUGUUUUUGAAAAAUUCAGUGAACCAACAUUUUCCAAACUCAUUCGUCAAAACUAUGCUCCAUAUAUUCUCAGUGAAAGUGUCAAGCCCAUCGUUAUUGGUCUCUUUUUCGCCUUUUUUACUCUCGGCCUUGCUCUUCUUCCUCAUAUCUCUCUUGGUCUCGACCAGCGUCUUGCCAUACCCUCCGAUUCAUAUCUUGUACAAUACUUUGACGAUUUCUACGAUUACUUCAACUCUGGGCCUCCAGUAUAUUUCGUUGUGCGCAACCUUAACGUAACAGACCGCGCAUCCCAGCAAACUCUUUGUGGAAGAUUUACCACCUGUGACGAGUACUCGCUUGCGAAUAUUGUCGAGCAAGAACGCAAACGCCCAGCCUUGUCCUAUAUUCAAGACCCUCCAGCUGUAUGGAUUGACGACUUUUUUGAGUGGCUUAACCCUAGUCUUGACGAGUGCUGUCUUGUGAAACCUUCACCUUCUGGCAACAAUACUGACUUUUGCGGACCCUACGACAGUCCAUACAUGUGCGAACCAUGUUUUCAAAACCACGACCCCAAGUGGGACCCCCAGAUGCAUGGCCUUCCUCAGGGCGCUGAGUUCAUGACUUACUUUAAUGCGUGGAUCGAUGCACCUUCCGAUCCUUGUCCGCUUGGUGGUAAAGCUCCCUACUCAUCUGAAAUUGCGGUUGAUCCGCAGACCGGUGCUAUUGUUGCGUCCAAGUUCCGGUCGAUGCACGUACCGUUGCGGUCGCAGGACGACUUUAUCGAUUCGUACGCCGCUGCGCGUCGCAUCGCAACUUCUAUACACGAGUCUACAGGGAUUGAUGUGUAUCCUUACAGUAACUUUUACAUCUUUUUCGCUCAGUAUAAAACUAUUAUAGGUGAUACUUUGGCCCUUGUCGGAAUGGCACUUGCACUCAUAUUUGUGGUGGCUGUUGUUCUUUUGGGCUCACUACGCACUGCGUUUGCACUCAUCCUGACAGUCGCCAUGGGCAUCACUGACAUUGCUGGCAUUAUGUCACUUUGGGGGAUCAGUCUCAAUGCCGUCAGUCUUGUCAAUCUUGUUAUUUGUGUGGGAAUAUGUGUUGAGUUUUGUGCACACAUUGUACGCGCUUUCACCUUUGUACAAAAGUCACAGCUGAGCCAGCAACAACUACCACCAAGCAACCCUAACACGCAGUCGCGGUCACGCCAAGCGCGGGCAUUCAAUGCAUUGGUCGGGGUCGGCGGGUCCGUCUUUGGCGGCAUUGCACUUACUAAGCUCAUUGGCGUGUCGGUUCUUGCCUUUACGCGUUCGCAAAUCUUUAACGUUUACUAUUUCCGUAUGUGGCUUGCGCUGGUCCUCGUUGCCACGGCCCACGGGCUUAUAUUUUUGCCAGUGCUCCUCACGUAUAUAGGUGGAGCCGGGUACGUGCUUGAUGAACAAGAUGAGGGCCUAGUAGGCGACCUGGCGUCGCGGCUCUACCUCAAUCCUGGCGAGGAUGACGAUGUGGAUGAUGAUUCUGCUGAUAUUGUGGAUUACAGCAACAUUUCUCAGCCUUCAACUGGGUUUCAACCAUGA